AUGGGAACGAGCACCAGCAAUACAUUAGGAAGUGAGUAUCAAGUUUUCUUGAAUUUUAGAGGCGUCAAUACUCGUCGUGGAUUCACCAGCAGCCUCUAUCAUGCCUUGGUAGAUGCUGAGAUUCGUGUUUUCAUCGAUGACAAGGAACUUCGAGCGGGGGAAACAAUUAGUGGCAACCUUUUGCAAGCAAUCGAUGACUCUAAACUUUAUAUACCCAUCUUCUCUAAAAACUAUGCUUCGAGUCACUGGUGCCUCCGUGAGCUUGCAAAGAUUGUGGAGAACACCUCCAACUCUAAAGAAGAUGGGAAGAAGAAGGUCAUAUUACCCAUCUUCUACGAUGUGGAACCUGAUGAUGUGAAGUUAAAAACCGCAUUGUACAGCAAGGCCAUAUCAAAUCUGGAGCAAAAGAUGGAGGAUCAGAAGAAGUUCAGCUCCGAGGAUAUAAAGACGUGGCAGUCGGCUCUCAAAGAAGUUGAUGCCAUCAAGGGAUGGGAGCUGAAAAAAAUUGCAGGCCAUGGGGAUCUUAUCAAGUCAGUCGUUGAUGAGGUUGUGAUCUAUCUCAAGACAAGACAAAGACAAGUGACUGGAGAUUUAGUUGGAACGGACAAUCAAAUAGCAGCCAUAAACUAUUUAUUAGACACAAACUUCGGUGGUGUGCGCUUUCUUGAUGACGUGAGGGAAAGGGCACAAGCCGAGGGUUUACACAAGUUGCAAGCAAAAUUAUUGUCCAAUAUCUCUCGUUCUAUGGGGGAUCAUGUAGUUGAUAACAUUGAUAAUGGGAUCAAUAUGAUUACAGAAAUAAUUUGCAACAAGAAGGUGCUAAUCGUAUUGGAUGAUGUUGCUGAGGCCGACCAGAUCCAAAAACUAAUUGGAAGGGAAUCUUUGUAUCCAGGUACUAGAAUAAUUAUUACUACAAGGGACAAGAGUGUUCUGAAUAAUAGGAGAUCUAAGUAUAAAUUCAAGGAAUAUGAAAUGGUGCGGUUGAGUGAGGAAGAUGCGCUUAAACUUUUUAGUAGGCAUGCCUUCAAUGAGGACUCUCCUCCAAAUGAUUACUACACUCUUUCAAGAAGGAUUGUCUCUACUGCAGAUGGACUACCAUUAGCUCUUCAAGCAAUAGGUUCAUCGCUUUUUCAGAAAAAGAGAAAAACAUGGGAAGAGUGGCUACGGAAGCUAAAGAAAACACUUCAUAAUGAUGUCUCAGCAAAGCUAAAGAUUAGCUAUGAAUCCUUAGAGACUAAUGAAAAAGAGAUAUUCCUUGAUAUUGCAUGUUUUUUAGUUGGUGAGAAUAAGAGUAAUCCAAUGUACAUGUGGAAAGAUUAUCAAGGGAAGCGUACAAGCACUCCGUUUGAAAUCGAGGGAUAUGUUGGUCACUUCGGAGCAAAUUAA